AUGGAAAUGCCCAUGCCCAAGGAAGUCGGACUGUUUCAGAUGGUUAACACUCCAUCGAGUCAUCCCAACAUCCUGAAACUCUUCGACUGGUUUGAUAGACCUGCAUCAUAUGUAAUGGCAAUGGAGCGUCCAGACCCCUGCAAGGACCUGUUCACGUACUGCCAGGAACAGGGGGGUGUGCUGGAUGAGGACCAGGCGCGAAGUGUGACCGGGCAGCUGCUUGGGGCGCUACAGCACUGCCACAAUCACGGAGUGGUUCACCGUGAUGUGAAGCCCGAGAACAUCCUGAUCCAGACAGACACAAAGGAGAUCAAACUGAUCGACUUUGGGUGUGGGGACCCACUGAAGCACACCGCAUACACCAAUAUCUCUGGGACCCCUGAAUUCCUGCCAGUUGAAUGGUUUGAAAAAGAACAGUUUCUGGCGGGCCCUGGGACUGUGUGGUCAGUGGGUGUGACCCUGUAUAACAUCGUCUGCGGUAACGAUCCGUUCACUACGUACACCAGCAGGGAAAUGCGGCACGUGGAGUUCUGUGCAGGGCUGUCAUCAGGGAUCAAGGACUUCAUUCUGUGCUGUUUGAGGCCCCGGGCAAAAGACCGGCCCACCCUGGAGCAGCUACAGUGCCACCCCUGGCUCCAGCAGUCCAGCCGAGUAUAG